AUGUCGGCCGGGUGGUUUCGUGACGCAGAACAGUGCUCGGCGUCUGAGGACGGUGGGCGGCCGGCCGAGAACGAGACGCUGUGGAGCUGCCGGACGCUACUGCUCAUUCGGCCUUUCGCCUCAAGCCUCGCAAGUAGUCCUUCUUCCUCACCUCUGCCCCCUCCCAGCUCCAGCCUCGACCUAGUGCCGAUGUCGCCCCCCAGCCCACCCACGCACCUGCUGGCAACAUCGUCCGCUCAUCCAUCCCCAUCCCGGGCCACGAGCACCGGCCCGGCUACGGUCGUGACGGAAACACCGGCUCCAGCUUCACCACCACCGGGAUCGGAGCCCGCUGAGGCGGAUGGCACUCGGCCGACCCCGUCCUCGACUUCGACCACUCCUCGCGCGAGCCGCAGAAUUCAGAAGCGGAAAGCAGAGGGUGCCGCACGCUCGGCGGAGCGGAAGAAGAAACUCGCGCGACCGGCGCCUUUCGGUCUCGACGAUCUGCUGGCGUCGCCAUCACCUUCGCCUACAUCAGCUACCGCGCCACGGGCGAAAGCGGUUGGCAAGCAAAACCUGGGCACCGCCGCUCGAGCAGCGAAGCUUGCCCGAGAUGUGCAGGCAGUCCAGUGCGGGGGCUCGAAGCGCGCCGCGGACUCUGGCGCGGCCGGCGCUGCCCCAGCGGCACAGCCCGGUACCUCCUCGAAGCACCAACACAAAAGACACUCAAUCAUCUACCUCGACAGUCCACCUUCACCGGGCGAUGCCGGCGACCAUGCUGCGCGGUCACCAUCAGCUGGGCCGUCGCCAUUUGGGUCGUCUGCGCCGCCGCCGGAAGGACGGGCCAGUGCACAGACAGCUCUCUCGGGGUCUCGCGAGAUCAACACCAGCGACAACUUUGACUUAGCCUCAUUUCUUUCGGGCCCACAGGCAGCCAGCGGGGCCGCCCCCAGUAGAUUCCCAGGCGGAGCCACGGGUGACAACGCCAUUGAACGUCUUGCAGCUCAAGUAGGCUCUCUCAGCGCCCUGGUCAUUGACAUGAGCAGGCGUCUGGACGCUGCCGAAGCCAACCCGACUAUGACUCUGGCGCCGCCGGACCGCCCAGAACUACAGCCAAGCAUGGUUGACGGGACUCGCACCGUCUCUUGGACUGUACCUGCGCUCCACACGAAUGAAUUACCACCGGCGCAGUUACGCGAGCUGCGAUCGACUAGCUUCCCGUCGCUCAAUCAGCGGAGCCGCAGCGAGUUUGUACCGCACGUCACGCACAUCCUUGCCGCCUACAGAAGUAUCGCAAACCUGUCUCGCUCCGACGGUGCGUUCACCACCCCUACCGACACGCUCCUGUGGAUUCGCCGCCUCGCCAGCAUCCCUUUCGACUCGAGUAUCGCUACCGUGGCUGGUCUCUAA